AAUUUUGUUACUUUUUAACUUUAUUCCUUUUUAUCAACCUUUUCAAAGACUCAACUCGCUUUUUUCUGUUCAUUUCUCUCUUCAAUCAAAUCGAUCUCGACCCCAAUAACCGAUUUCAUAUUCACCAUGACUCUUGGCUCUGCAGGAUCAAGUGUCGUGGUACCUCGAAAUUUCAGAUUGCUGGAGGAAUUGGAACGUGGAGAAAAAGGAAUUGGAGAUGGUACUGUGAGUUAUGGAAUGGAUGAUGGAGAUGACAUUUACAUGCGAUCCUGGACUGGCACUAUUAUAGGUCCUCAUAAUUCUGUACACGAAUCUCGCAUAUAUCAAUUGAAGCUAUUCUGUGACAAAGAUUAUCCAGAGAAACCUCCAAGUGUUCGCUUCCAUUCUCGGAUUAACAUGACUUGCGUUAACCGUGAUACCGGCGUGGUGGAACCGAAGAAAUUUGCAGUUCUGGGAAACUGGCAGCGGGAGUACACGAUGGAACAUAUACUGACACAGCUGAAGAAAGAGAUGGCAGCUUCACACAACCGUAAGCUGGCUCAGCCUCCCGAGGGGACCUAUUUCUAAGGGACCAUAUACAGAUAUUGUAGUUUGUGUUUUGAUAUUGAAAUAUAAAGGGGAAUGCCCACUGUACUCCUGGCUUCUUGAUACUGCAUUCCCCUAUGAACGUAUUGAUGGAUUACUUGAUUUCUUUUGCGUGCCAAUGUCAUUUUAGCGUAUUAUAGCUAUUGGAUUUUGUGAACUCUCUCGUUUGUAUUUUGGAAAAUAAGAUAGAUAUUGUACUGAGGCUUCCUGCUCACAUAA